CACAUAAUUGCCUCCACCAAUUCACCUCUCACCAGCCAGCAGAACGCUCUCCUCUCUCUCUCUCUCUCUCUCUCUCUCUCAAAUAGGACAAAGGAGAGAGCUUACGAGCGGACGGAGCGAAGCGAAGCUUCAGUUUCAGUCCGCACGCACUGUCCAGUGAUCACAGAGCAAGCUCGAGAAGAAAGGGGAGAGAGAGAGAGAGAGAGAGAGAGACAUGGACGACUACACGAGAGAGAUGAUGGACCUCAAAACCCUAGUCACUCGCACUCUUGAGAAGAAAGGUGUCCUGGCGAAGAUCCGGGCUGAACUGAGGGCAAGUGUAUUUGAGGCAAUUGAAGAGGAGGAUCAUGUUGUGGAGACAGAAGGUUUACCUCCUGCUUUGUUAGGUAGCUGCAAUGAACGGGCAAAACAACUUCAUGCUUCUCCUUCAGGGAGGCUGUUAACAGCAUUAAUUUCUGAAUACUUGGACUGGGCGCAACUGAACCACACGUUAAAAGUUUAUCUGCCCGAGUGUAAUUUGCAAAAGGAUUUUUGGAAAGCUGAACUGAAGGAAUUUAGCAGCAAGAAUGGAUAUGAUAUUAACCGAAAUGGAGAUAGUGGUCCUUUGCUGUUGGAUGUGCUUGAAGGAUUUUUAAAAUACGAGACUUUAACCAAACCAAGGGGUGCGGGAAGGAGAAUGACUGCUACAGACGGCGAUUCCAUACCAUUAGAGUCUCGGGAUGUUCGUAGGCCUUCGUCAUCUGUUGCUGGGGGCUUACCCCCAUUGGGAAGGUCUGCUCCAGCUGCCCAGGCAUCUGGUAGGAGAGCUGGCUCCUCAACAUCUAAUUAUAGAAAAGAUGAGUAUAAUUGGAGAUAUGAUAAUGACGAGCUCCCUGAUGAUAUCGUCCGAGCAUCAGCUGCUUUAGAAAAUCUUCAGUUGGACAGGAAAGCUAGGAAUCUCACUUCUUCUUGGCGGCAUGCUGGGGAUGGGAUCUCUGAAGAUGACGGGAGGGUGGACCAUAUGUAGAUGGUUGACUUAGUAUUUACUCGCUCUGUUGUGUAUUUUGGAUUGCAUUUAUCCUCGAGUGUUGUCUAAAAUUAGGCCGAUUUUAUGUUGUGGUCAUGUAAGUUUAGCAAUUUAGUCUCUCACGUUAUCCUUUUGAGUUGGAUUCUCUUGAAUCCUUUACUCUCAGAUCUAAUUCUAUUUGUCAUGGAUAUCUUGUUUUUCUUUUUAAAAUUGUGGGGACAACCUAUCCAACAU